AUGGGAGAGUUAUCCGAUUACCAACGUCAGGAAAAAGUAGGAGAAGGGACAUACGGAGUCGUUUACAAAGCUCUCGACACGAAGCACAACAACAGAAUAGUUGCUCUCAAGAAAAUCAGACUCGAAUCAGAAGACGAAGGGGUGCCCUCAACUGCGAUUCGAGAAAUAUCCCUAUUGAAAGAAAUGAAGGAUGACAAUAUCGUGCGUCUAUACGACAUCAUCCAUUCCGACUCGCAUAAAUUGUACUUGGUGUUUGAGUUUUUGGACUUGGAUUUGAAGAAAUAUAUGGAAUCCAUCCCACCGCAAUCCAAUGCUGGCUUAGAACCACAGAUGGUGAAACGAUUCAUGAACCAAAUGAUUCGCGGCAUAAAGCAUUGUCAUGCGCAUCGUGUCUUGCACCGGGAUUUGAAACCGCAAAACUUGUUGAUUAACAAAGAAGGUAAUUUGAAAUUGGCCGAUUUCGGAUUGGCCAGAGCCUUUGGUGUGCCCUUGAGAGCAUACACCCAUGAAGUUGUCACACUUUGGUAUAGAGCACCAGAGAUUUUGCUCGGUGGGAAGCAGUACUCGACUGGGGUGGAUAUGUGGUCAGUUGGCUGUAUUUUUGCCGAAAUGUGCAAUAGGAAACCAUUGUUUCCUGGCGAUUCCGAAAUUGAUGAAAUAUUCCGUAUUUUUAGAAUCUUGGGUACGCCAAAUGAAACAGUUUGGCCUGAUGUCAACUACUUGCCUGAUUUCAAACCCGGGUUCCCCCAGUGGAAAAAGCGGGAUUUGAAGGAGUUUGUGCCUAGUUUGGAUGAUAAUGGCAUCGAUUUAUUAGAACAAAUGUUGGUGUAUGAUCCAAGCAAGAGGAUCAGUGCCAAGCGUGCACUUGUACACCCAUAUUUUGUAGAUUAG